AUGGACACUUCGUGGAUAUCGAGCGCUACAAGCGGCAUGCUAAACUACGUUUACAACUCAAUUACAGGAGAGGAUGAGAAUGCAGCGACGCAUCGUAUCCGGAAUGCGGCACUUUGUAAAGGAAUGGUUGUCACUGAUCUUCCAACAAACAACUACGAGCCACUUGAGGUAUGCCAUGCCCGAGCCAUGGCUAAAAAGGUGCGUAUUCCCUCCUCUCUGGUUUUUCUUUCUUUCUUUCUUAUUUAGCAAUCAGUGAUCAGUGUUAACGCUAGUCUAGCGGUAGUAAUUAUUUGACACCGGAGAUGACACUACUGCUUGCAAGAAAAAGGAAUUCCCCCGAAGAUGCCCACAACUUACAAAAAAAAAAAAGAAAUUUCUUUUUUCUGUGUAUCAACAAAUUAAACCAUGGUUACACUCAAGCGAGGAAAAUUUUGUUCUUUCAGUCUUAAAGUAACAGUAAUGCAGGACUUUCUUUUCAUGGUCAUAAGAACUAUUUUAAUCUUGCUGGAAGUGAAUUUAUGUUAGUUUAACUAUAAAAAAAGAAGCAAGCGCGAACAGUUUUUUAAUUAUGACGCAACUGGCAUGAAAUCUGUUCUAAAUCUUGCGUCAUUAACGAAGGCGUGUGACCGGCGCGAGCAGUAUUAAACCAUGCAAAGAAAAAUAAUCGUUUGUAAAGGAAUUUAAACUCUACAUUAGAAAAUUUAGUGUUUCUUCUAGGCGAGCCAAAUCACGUUGAAAAAAGUAUUGCUAUGCUUCUCAGUCUUUCUACUCUCUUUGCCAUUCUUAACUUUUACAUGUCUUCCUUUGUGUCAUUAAACAAUUCCUUUUUUUCCAGUAUAACCGAGAAAAAGAACUGGAAGAAAAAAUCGCAGUUCUUAAGGCACAGUGUAACGGUGAGUACUGCAAAAAUUUCCAAACACAUUUGGUUUUUGUGAGAAUAAAACACUGCACUGGCAAUUUCACUGGUUUAUAGCGAAGGUAAAAGAUUCCUCAAUGUUAACUGCCUCGUAAGUAAAACCAAAUGUUUAAAAUAUAUGUAUGGCGCAGAGACUGUGGCUAACGGAAAAUUUCGUGUAGCUAAAACUGAAAAUCUUUUAUUCCUAAUUUUUCUCGAGUUUAAAAAAGUAAAACAUAAUUCAUAUUUCAAAUGAACACUAGGUUAACUAGGUUAGUUCAGUUUCCGAAUAACUUUUUGAGCUACUUGUUUAGCACUGAGAAAGAAAUUGAUGGGGGUGUUUAGUUUGUUAAAUUUUAGAGAUAUAACAUUGAUUGACCCUUUUAUGGUCACUGCAGAAACUUAACCUAAAGGUGGAUUCAUAAGCCUGACUUCAUAAAUAUUAACCACCAAAAUGCACUUUUUACUAAGUAAGCUUAGUGGCCUAACCUGUAGAUAUGCCGCUUGUCCUAUAUAAGGGAGUCCAAGACAGUCUUGGAUUCUGGAUUCUACACCAUUCCAGGAACUGGAUUCCAGUCUUUGUUAAUGGAACUUGAAUAGGCCAUUUGCAUGAUGACGUCAUUUUACUACUAUGACCAGAAUCCUUCAGGGUUUUUGCUUUCUUGUGCUAAUUAGCGUUUUGUUAUUGAAACCUCUCUGGGAUUACCAAAUUAAAGUAUGAAAGGAAAAACGUAAAGGAUUCUGGUCGAAGUAGUAAAACAAUGCCAUGGUGCAAAUGGCCUAUUCUGGAUUUCCCAGUCGUUAGUGGGAUUCCGGACUCCUUGAGUUGUAUUCCGGAUUCCUCAAUUUUUUUCCCGAUUCCGGACUGUAGUUCCAGAAGCAAAAAUUUCUGAAUCCGGAUUCCCUACAUGGGACGAAAAAAGAUGAAGAUACACUUUUCAAUGGUUCUCGAUAACGACAAUAAAUUAACUUUCUACUGCGACGGCGGCUACUGCACAUGUUUUAUUCCAUAAUUAUUUCUUUCCAUAAAGCACUAUUGGAGACCACUGACACACACACAAAAUAUUUAUCUUUUCAAUCGAAUCGUGCUUUCAAGUAGAGAAUACUCCAAUAAAGAUCAUUUAGAUCAUUGACUAUAGCUGAGGAACUGAGUUAACUUUCAGUUACGUAUCGUAUCACUAGUACUUUACUUUAAAAUACUAUGUUCUUGUUUUGUUUUUCGAACUCAGCCAAGAGCAAUGAAAACGCCCGUCUUCAAGACAAGGUAGCUGAGGGCAUGAAAAAGGCAGAUGAUUUAACGAGGAAACUUGAAGAGAAGGAGAAACUCAUUAAGAGGGCAAAGAAGUGUAUUUUUGUGACCAAAGAAAAAUUGAACAAAAAAGAAGAAGAACUGCAAGAACUCAACAAGGAGCUGUUAUCAGUUAAAGGUAAUAAUGAGGAAGUCUUCUCUGUUAGGUAUUGAUUUCAAUAUGUAAAACGGACAUGACUCUUCUUCGAUCAGAAAAUAUAGUCAUUAAACGAAAUGACCAAAGUGGUCUUAAUUCUCAAACUUGUUUGACUGAUAUGAAUUUCUAUUUGUAGACUCCCUUACAAACCAAAGCAAAGCAAACGAAUCACUCGCCAGCCAAAUAACAGAGCUGAAAUCAGUGUUGGUUAGAAGAGAGGAAAACCAUAAAAAGCAACAGCAGUUAAUCAGAUCAUUAGUUGAGGAUGCUAAAAGCAAGUUGGAAACCGCAAACUUCUACAGAUCAACGAUGAACAAUGAGCUUAACCUAAGCAAAGGUGAUAUGUAAUGUCAGAUUGUGGUUCAUUUGAAAUGAGUGAAGGCAUUGCGCGCUCUAUAAUUACCUUUAGUGUCAGCUUAUAGUUCAUUUCAAAUGAGUGAAGGCAUUUGGCGCUCUAUCAGCAAACAAAUUUAAUGCUUAUAUCAGAAAAUGGUGGCUAUUCUAAAUUCAUCUUUAGUUCAACUCAGAUGAUUUUUUGAUCUUGUCGUGAGCAGAUUAAUGUAUUUUUAAAUACUUUUCUGAAGAGGAUAUUAAAGUACUAGCCAUUUUUGGAGGUCAAUUCAAAUGGUGUUUUUAGGCUGGAAAACAUGAAUGGAUCAAUAAAAGUGUUGCAGGUUGAUUUUUUUUUCAAGUUGUUGUUUAUUACAGUCCGAAAGGAAAGCAUCUCUUAGAAAACGAAAGAGAAGUGAAAGAUGUUUUUGUUAUGUUUGGACGUGUGACACAAAACCGGCCAUGAAAGGGUUUUUAUAAAGUCAAUAAAAACAAGGAAACGCUUUGGUUAUUUUCCGACAUUAAUAGUCAAGUUCGUGCUUAAUUCUACUUUAGGUCGUGAACGAAAUCUUAGAGAAGAGAAAGCAUCAUUAAAGAAGCAUGUCAAAGUCCUAGAAAGGGCGCUUGAGGAGAAAACAAAACAAGGUAUUUAGCUAAACAUCAGAUUUUGGUUCUCUUGUGUAGCUGAAUUUUGAGUCAUAAAAAGACGAGUUAGAGUCGUAGAUCUUCAAGUACAGGUUACCUUUAUCAAGGUGAUUUUUAUCGACAUAUACGUUAAAAAAAGAAACUUAAUGACGAUUGCUGUGUAGGUAAUCUUGACACACAUCAUAAAAGCCAAAAUGCAACCUCAGCCUUUCAAAGGAGGAACUGUUCCUACAAAGAUAUUUCACUGAAUAGAACAGAGACAAAAGGAGCCCUCUGACGGACGAAGUUCCUCAGUCGUAAUUUCGAGUAAUUGCCACGUCUUUGUUAAUAGCCACUCGUUUUUAUCUCAUUUCAGAUAAUGAACGACAGCUCCAGACAACGCAGCUGCAAACGAUGCAAACGAUGACAAACCUGUUGAGGAAGGCAGAAAACAUCAUAAAAGAGAUUAAGGAAAAACAUUGUUGUGAGCUGGCUGUAAUUAAAAACGAAUUGACCAGCUCUAGAGGUAAGCCUUUUACUUCCCUACGGUCAAGGUACGACAAAUUUCAGAUGUUUAUAAUUUAUCAGUUCUACUGUUUAUACACAACUGGGUAAACUUGAAUACUCUUUUAGAAACAUGAAAAGGAACAACGUUUUUGUUUUUUUCUUUAACGCCUUAACCCUUGUUUUAAAUUUGCCCGUGUUAGAUCAUGAACAAAAUAUUGAAGCAUCGAAUGCUUCCUAAACAGGCUUGUUUUUAGACUGAGUCUUUCAAGGAAAGCUUCAAAAGAUAGCUUACAAGCGACAGGAAACAGCAAGAAAGCAUCUAUUAGGAAAAUGAAAACUUUCGUCAUGAGCUAACUGCAAUGAAAAGGAGCAGACUUCCGAGAACUUUGUGUUCAGAAGGCCAUUUGCGAAAAGAUUUAAAUCAUACAUAAUUUGCGUCCUUUCGUAGAUUAUCUUCUGGACACCGUACUGGACAGCUCUAGACGAACGGCAAAAAGGGGAUAAAACGUAACAAUGAUAGAUUGAACUUAAGUAAAAAAAUGUGUAAGACUAUAUAGUUAUAGUAAGGUGAUGGUUUCUCCGCUUUUCACAGUUCAAUAUAACAUACAUAUAAGCAGUUGGAAGUGACGCCAGGCAAUUCUGGCCGGUUACACGAACUGGACAAAAAAAUGGAUUUGCAUCAAAUUUGCUCAUGUGCAAAAGUCUGCAACUAAGGGUAAAAUCUGCGCAAAGGUGGUAAAUGCCCAAUUUGCAUAAAUAUUUUAGAUAAUGAAGAAGAUCUAAAGGCGGAAAAUAUUUCUUUGAAGGAAAAAAACGAUGUAGUUCUUCAGAAAAAACUGCUUAACAUUUUCUAGGGGUUGUACUAUCUACAAAGUUACGAAAAACGCUCUCAACUAGAGGAUAAUAAAUUAACAGGUACCUUUUGUUCUUAGACCGUGAAAUAGAUGUGCAAACGAUGGAUGUUUUCGUAAAUGAGCAACUUAGAAACCUGAAAGUGGACCUGGAGAGGAUGACAAAAGGAACAAAUGAUGAAUCGCACAGCAUAACCUUGGGAGGUAAGCAUUUAGCUUAAAUGAAACAGAGGGCGCCUGGCGGAAAUGCUGUAGCGCCGUCUCAACGCUUUCCGUCGCUAGAGAUAGGGACGUUUUGCAAAAGAGACGUCUUCUUUCUACGGGCUGAAGGCAAUGAAAGGUGGCUGUAGUCGCAGGAUAAACAAGGGGACGGUUUCUUUUUCGCUUGUUCUCCUCUUAAGACUGAGAGCUCUCAUACGGUAUUAAAAAAACACCAGCAAUGGGGGUUGGGAUUCCAAGACAUCACAUGGACCAAAACUGAAACAGUUCCGUUGGUGUAAGAAAAACCUUAAAAUUUGAUUAGUUGAAAUUAAGGGAAGACAUUUAUUCUGAUACGCACCUUUAUCAGACAAAAGAAUGGAAAAAACAGCAAGUGAACAGCCUUAGUUGCGUUUUUGAGUGCAUUACUACAUUUUCAGAGUAGGUAUGCUCACAUACAUGCCCCCAAGCGGUUCGCGACUAGGAGUUUAUUGCUAUGGCGUUUUUUCAUCCUGAAAAUGUUGGAGAGUCUGUCCCAGCAAAUUGACUAAGCAGUUAUAGGUGUACGAUAUUCUGUUUCAAGGCAAUUUCAGGUACUCGGUAUCAAAGAUUUUAUAACGCUUAGGUAUACGUAUAUUGGAAUCUUGUGAGGAAAAAGUUGGGUUUAUUGUUAUCCCACUACUUCCCUCCCUGGCUGGGCCUGUUUCCAAAUGACGACAUUCGAUCAAUAAAGCUUAUCAGAACUACCUACUCCACACUUGAAAUAUUCCUCAUCAGAUAAUCAUUAUAUUGCCCCCAUGAUGGGUGAUAAAACCAGUUACAAAAAAACAAAUUUCACAUUUUUACUUGCAGCCGAUAUAGAGCUGUUAUAUUUGGUUUUUUUGGCAAAGUUGACAAAAUAAAAUGAAAGGUAAAAGUGAAAUUAAAUGAAUUAAAUUGACUUUUCAUAGCGCCUAAGUUGGUCAUUUUAAACACAAAACCCGCAAUUCUUAAACGUCCUGGAAACAUAAUUUGGCUGCUAAGGAUAACCAUCAUUAACACACGAUUGUAUUUUCAAAUUGUCUAAGAUUCCUUUCUGUUAAUUUGUAGCUGACUCUGACAAAAGUCUUGAGCAGCCCGGAGCAGCUGUCAUGUCUGCAGCAGAGGAAGCAAAGCCUCUUCCGCGACCAUCCUCUCAUGUAAUUCUUGUUUCAGACCCUCCGGCACCUACAGUGACUCAGACAAACGAGAACCUUAACAACCAACCAAACGUCAUCAUCAACGUCAACACCUCUUGCGAAAAUGGUGGGUGAAAAUCAACUGAUUUUCAAAACAACUAAAAUUGUAAAAAUCUUUUCUUCUGGCCUUGUUAACUCGUAAUAUUCAUCACUCGUAAUAUUAAUCUAACAUUUCCGUUCUCAAAGAAAGGUUUCUCAGGUUAUUUUUUUUUCUUAGCACGGCCACACCGACCUCAGUUGGUCGUUGUAGUAGCAGUACUCAGCAGCUCCACCCUGUUCCUCUAACCCCAUCUUAGCUUUCUUCUCAUAAUCACAACAUCACCAGUAUUCACGUUUCCUUUUUGAUGUUUUUGUUUCUUAUAAUUCUAUGCAGUAAGCCAACUUGAAGGUUUCUUCACCAGCACGAUGAGAUGGCUUGGACUUUAGUAAGUGAUUUUUUCUGAGAAAACUAGCUUUUCAUUAGUGUCUAACUAUGAUCACAACACAAUUCUAGCAACUGGCUUCCAUGUGAUCGCUACUGUAGCAAGGAUCGCCAUGAGAAAAGUUCAGCAAUGUGAAUGAUCAAAGUGAUCGGAACGGAAAUGAUUAUGGAAAACCGGCUUUAG